UAGCUGUCGUGUCCAUGAGGUGAAAGGUAGCUACGGCAAGCCAAAGCGACCAGAAAUAGCGGUGCUGAGUAAAUAUCAGCAGUAGUUCAUUAUAACUCAACUGUGUCUGAACAAACGGCAAAUAUUUAUCCAGCAAUUUUGUUUCAUAGCAUUGUAAUGAGAUUUAAAGGAUUAUGGGGCUGGUUCCUGCUCUGGUCCAGCUGCAUGCUGUCUGUAUCGUCACAUGGAGGACACCAUGCAGAAACAGGUGGCUCAAAUCAAAUCCCUCCACCAAUCACCCGGCUGGACAGGAACAUGAUUCAAGAUAAAGAUCACAUCAUGGAGCACUUGGAGGGUGUGAUUGAAAAGCCAGAGUCAGACAUGACCCCUCAAGAACUUCAGCUUCACUACUUUAAGAUGCAUGAUUAUGAUGGCAACAAUCUUCUGGAUGGACUUGAGUUAGCCACUGCCAUUACUCAUGUGCAUAAGGAGGAAGGAGGAGAGGCUAGCCAGCCAAUGAGAGAAGAGGAUCUCAUCAACCUCAUUGAUGAUGUUCUCAGGGAUGAUGACAAAAACAAUGAUGGCUACAUUGACUAUGCGGAGUUCGCGAGGUCUCUGGAGUAAAUGAAGAAGGGACCGCACACUGCCGUACUGCGAAUGCACAAUACCUCUGAUGUACAGAACCGCCACACAUUCCUCCAUGUGUAUGCAUUUUCACCAGAGCAGUAUAUUCAUGUUCCAAUAUAAACGUUUUAAAAUGAUGAGGGCCAUGUGGCAUGACGUGGGUUUUUGGCCAUCAGUGUGUAGCAUUCACAACUGUACAUCUCUGGUUAGAAUGGACCAUUGAUGCAUAAACUGCCAAAUUGAUUCACUGUAAACAAACAAAUCAUUUGUUGUUCCUAAAUAAAUGCUUUGCAGUGACAAAGCUGAUGGCUGUAAUUGACAACAAACUUUACCUUUUCUAGUUUAAAGGAAAGCCACUUAAAUUUUAAUGAUGUGAGUUUUUUUGUUAAAGGUUUAGGUCACCCACAGACGACAAUUUUGUCAUUAUUUACUCACUGUUCCAAACCCACAUGACUUUCACAAGCAAAGAAGUGACAACAGAUUGUUGUCAUUUACUUUGAUUGUAUGUAUGAAAGUACAGUGUCAACAUUUUACACAAUUUCCUGUUACACAGAAGAAACGAUUUCACAGAAUUACAAGUUUGUACUGUAUGUCUUAAAUACAGUAAACUAAUAUGUUGUCCCUGAUGUUACUUGGAUAGUUCACCCAAAAAUGAAAAUGUUGUUGUUAUUUACUCACCUCAUGUCUAUCUUUGUUCUUCAGAACCCAAAUGCAGAUUUCGUGUUGCCUCUCUUUCAAUGGAAAUUUUCUCUGUCUGUUGUGUAGGCAAUUUUAGGAUGUUCACUUAAGUGUAACUAUUAAAACAAUAGUUAUAUCUUCACAACACGAAAGUAGAGAGGUCUUCAGGACACUUAAAAUACACAAUUUAGGUCAUAUUGAAGCUUGAAGAGUUUUCUGGUUACUGUGGGAGUGGAUGGUGUCUGCCUCUGUCACCAUAUAUUCCCAUAGUAACCAGAAAACCCCAGAUAACCCUUAAAAAAAAUCUGCGUUUGGGUUCUGAAGAAUAAACAAAAGAAAUCUGGGGUUACAAUGAUAUGAGGGUGAGUAAAAAAUGAUAAAGUUUGAAUUUUUGGUAAACUAUCCCUGUAAGAACUGGUGCCAGAGUGCAUCAUCAAUAGAGAUUCAGUUCUGAUGAGCUAUUUAGGUCAAACUUAAGGAGCUGCUAUAAACAUUUCUAAUGAAGAGAAAAAAGUCCUUCAAUAAAUAAAGACUGAAUGUAAACAAUGUGAUUCAUUAUGCUGAUACUUUUUGACAUACUGGGUUAAUUUAUUUCUAGCAAAGUUGUGAAUGAUACUGAUGACUUUGAAUAGGAAUGUAAUAAAAUUUAGUAUGCUCUACUGUAUAUUUCA